UUCUGCACCGCUGGGAGGCAUCAUGAAGUGGCUUUGCCUUUUUGUUCUGUGCGGAGUCGUUUUCGCCAAGAAUCCUGAAGAGGGUGACGAUCUUUAUGAAGGGGACAUGAUAUUAACAGCCGAUCAGCGCAUGGCGGCCGAAAUGGGACUAGAUGUGGAUGAUCCAAUGGGGAGAGGUUCAACCAAAAACAGGCAGUGGCCGGGAGGGGUGAUGGCUUACGUCAUUGACUCCAGUCUAUCUCGUAAUUCCAGAGCAAUGAAUGCCAUCCGAGAAGGAAUGGAGGAAUGGACAAGCAAAACAUGUAUCCGGUUCAAGAAGAGGACAAAUGAACGAGCUUAUGCCAACUUCAAAGUUGGCUCUGGAUGUUCCUCGUACGUAGGAAGAACAGGCAGUCGUCAAGAUAUUAAUCUCGCCAGCGGAUGUUGGUACAGAGGAAUUGUAGCUCACGAAAUUGGGCAUGCCUUGGGUUUCUACCACGAGCAGUCUCGUCCUGACAGAGAUAGUUACGUCACAAUUAUGUGGGACAACAUCAUUGAGAGAAACAAGUUUAAUUUCAACAAAUACAACCGAGGAACUAUCGACAGCCUGGGAACCAAGUAUGACUAUGGAAGUGUGAUGCAUUAUGGGAGCAGGGCUUUCAGCAAGAACGGAAGACCUACCAUCGUUGCCAAGCAAUCAGGGGUAACACUUGGUCAGCGACGGGGAAUUAGUGCAACAGACGCACAGCAGAUGAAUCUUCUGUACAAGAGCCAGUGUGGAGGAGGAGGAGGAGGAGUUGGUGGUGGAGGGGGAGGUGGAGGAAAUUGUCAAGAUAAGGAUAACAGAUGUAGCGGAUGGACGAGAUAUUGCAGCUAUCACCGAUACGUGAGGGCAAACUGCAAGAAGACCUGCAAACUAUGUAACAAGAUCACCAUGAAGUGGCUUGGUACCAUUUUGAUUUUUGGAGUGGUCCUUGUUGCAUCAGAAAACGCUGACGAAAAUAUCGGCAUCGAUGAUCCAGAUGUCUACGAAGGAGACAUGAUCUUAGAUCCAGAUCAACGCAUGGCGAUUGAACUUGGGUUGGAUGUGGACAAUCCGUUUGGAAGAGGCUCCACUAUAAAUCGACAGUGGCCUGGUGGUGUGAUGCACUAUGUCAUUGACUCUAGUCUCUCCAGUGACUCCCGCGCUAUGGCGGCGAUUAAGGCAGGAAUGGAACAAUGGACAAAGAACACUUGUAUCCAGUUCAAGCCGAGAACAACGGAGUCUAGCUAUGCGAACUUCAAACUAGGCAAAGGGUGUUCAUCAUAUGUUGGGAGGACGGGACGCAAACAAGACAUUAACCUUGCUCGUGGAUGUUGGUACACUGGAAUUGUCGCCCAUGAAAUCGGUCACGCUUUGGGCUUUUACCAUGAACAAUCCAGACCUGACAGGGAUGCCCACGUCACAAUUAUGUGGGACAACAUAAUCGAGAAGAACAAGUUCAAUUUCAAGAAGUACUCCAAAUCCACAAUUGAUUCUCUCAAAACCCCGUAUGAUUACGGAAGUGUGAUGCAUUAUGGAGGAAGAGCUUUUUCCAAAAACGGAUUACCAACAAUCGUUCCUAGACAAUCCAACGUUAAGAUUGGUCAGAGAAAAGGCAUCAGUAAAAUAGAUGCUAAGCAGAUGAAUCUCCUCUACAGUCAGCAAUGCUCAGGUAGUGGCAGUAGCUGUGUAGACAAAAACACGAAUUGCCCUGGUUGGACCAAAUAUUGUUCCACUAACGACUAUGUGAAACAGAACUGCAAGAAAUCGUGCAACAUGUGUUCAUAAACUUCACAAAGGUAAAACAAAAGGGCUGAUUGAAGCUGG